AUGGCUGAGUAUGAACCUCCUCUCCAGGCUGGCCUCUUCCACCAGCGAGACGCUCCGUUUGGCGAAGUCUUCCUCCCCUACUGGGCCCGGAGCCACGUCCAAUACGCCCAGAACCUGUUGGAAUGCUCGGAUGAGCCCAUCGAAUACGACCACGAGGACGAGGAUUACCGGGACAACUGUUUCUUCUUCCCGGAAGAUUGUACGCGCGCACCCGUCAAGGACGCCGAGUUCGAGAGCGCCAGUAAAGGCCCAGUCCCUUUGACGAGCGAGGUUGGCGGUGAUUGGGAUGACACGAUGGCGACCCCCGAACUUCCCGACAUUAAAAUGCUCGACACAGAGGCCCUCAGCGACCUGCUGGAGGAUAACCUCUCGCCUCCGGAGAUAACUUCUAUAUUGGUCUUUGCUACGAACGGGGCCAUCUUCGCCUACGCAUCACCACUGCCAGCGCGUCAGCUGCGCAACCUCAGUGCAACGUACGGAGCAGCAUAUACAUCCUACGCCAAAACCGCCUCGACGGGGAAUCUGACCGGGGUCAAUCCGGCCAGCCAUCCGUCCUCUUUUGUCACCGCGCCGUCCGUUUCGUUGGGGGAUGUGGGAUCGAUCGUAUUCGAGCAGGACAACCAGGUGGCAGUGGUGACGAAAAUCGCAGACAAGGUGCUUCUCGCAACGGUGGGGCCGUCAAAGUUGGAGAGUGCACAAGACACCAAUGAGGCCAAAGUCGACAGUACUGCGUUGGGGUCAGACAAUGCACCGACGGUCGAACCUCCGCCGAAUGUACCGCACGGGGGAACGAAUGGGCCGUCGUCAUCGGCUGAACCUCCAGCCCAAACGACAGUCGAGUCGGCUUCCAGUCAUAGUCAGAACGACCCCAAUCGGCACCCGGACAGCCUGCUUGAGGCGCAGUAUGAGAUCGACCGCAGCAGCGAUCUGGCACGGUUGGCGGGGCUCAAUCUGAAUUCAUCUCCGGAGAUUUUACUCGCCCUGGAAUCCAAAUCUGCAGCGCUAGGAAGAUUUCUUAGUCAGAAGCUGCGAGAUUUAGAGACUCCAGAGGACUUCUAG